AUGCCUCGUCCCACUAACAGAGUAAUUUUAAUAACGGGUGCUAGUUCUGGCAUUGGAGCCGCUACUGCGAUUAAUUUUUCAAAAUAUGGAGCCAAGCUAGCUUUGACCGGAAGAAAUAUUGAAAAUUUACAAAAAAUUGUUGCAAAAAUAUGUGAAAUCACGAAAGAGGAUAAAGUGAAACCUCUUGUUAUAAGUGGUGAUCUCAGUAAUGAAAAUGAUGUUAAAAAUAUUUUGUCAUCAACAAUAAAAGAAUUUUGUAAAUUAGAUGUGCUCGUGAAUAAUGCUGGUAUCAUGGAAGAAGGCUCCAUAGAAACCACAAAUCUUGAACAGUUUGAUCGUACAUUUAAUACCAACGUGAGAUCAAUGUAUCAGUUAACUAACUUAGCUGUUCCAUACUUGAUCGAAAGUAAAGGAUCAAUUGUAAAUGUUUCAAGUGUGAAUGGAAUUCGUUCAUUUCCUGGAUUAGUGGCUUAUAAUAUGAGCAAAUCAGCAGUCGAUCAAUUUACAAAAAGCGUUGCCUUAGAUUUAGGUAGACAAGGAGUACGAGUAAAUAGUGUUAAUCCUGGAACAAUUAUUACAGAAUUGCAGAAACGUGGAGGAAUGAGUGAAGAAAAAUAUGCAAAAUUUUUAGAACGAUCAAAAGAAACUCAUAUUUUAGGACGAGCUGGACAGCCUGAAGAAGUUGCACAUGCAAUUGCUUUUCUUGCAAGUAAUGAUGCAAGUUUUAUUACUGGUGUCAAUCUUUCAGUAGAUGGAGGCCGUCAUCUUAUGUGUCCUCGUUAA